AUGAAUAAGAUGCUCCAGACCGUGAAGCGGCGCCUGAGCAACUCGGCCGAGGGCGGGGACCCUGCGGCGAUGGCGGCGACCUUGGCCGCGGCCAACAGCUCGACGGCCAACCUCGCGCGCGACGAUGGCAUCGAGAACGUCGCGCGCUCGGACGUGUCGCUGCCGCGCCGCGAGCGCCGCCGGAGCUCACUCGUGCGCAACCAGAAGGUGGCGGCGCUCAAGGACCUGCCGCACCUCAAGGACACGAGCAUGCAGAAGCGGGAGGCGCUCUUUCAGCAAAAGCUGGAGCUCUGCUCGGUGCUGUUCAACUUUGACGACGCGGCCUCGGACAAGAAGGGCAAGGACCUCAAGCGCCAGACUCUGCUCGAGCUCGUUGACUAUGUCAACAACGCGGGCGGCCAAAAGAUCUUUACCGAGGCCUUGAUGCCCGACAUCAUGGCCAUGGUGUCGGCCAACAUUUGCCGCGCGCUGCCGCCCCAGACGGAAGACUUUGAUCCGGAGGAAGACGAACCGGUCUUGGAGCCGUCGUGGCCGCACCUCCAGGUCGUCUACGAGUUUUUCCUGCGCUUCAUCGUGUCGGGCGAAGUCAACGCCAAGGUGGCCAAGAAGUUUGUGGACCAAAAGUUUUGCUUGAACGUCAUCGAACUCUUCGACUCGGAGGACCCGCGCGAGCGCGACUACCUCAAGACGAUCUUGCACAGAAUAUACGGCAAGUUCAUGAGCCACCGGUCGUUCAUCCGGAAGGCCAUCUCGAACGUGUUUUACCGCUUCGUGUACGAGACCGAGCGCCACAACGGCAUUGGCGAGCUCCUCGAAAUCCUCGGCUCGAUCAUCAACGGCUUUGCGAUGCCGCUCAAGCGCGAGCACCUCCAGUUCCUCGUCAAGGCGCUCGUGCCACUGCACAAGCCCAAGUGCGUCUCGCUCUACCACCAGCAGCUCUCGUACUGCAUCACGCAGUACGUAGAGAAGGACCCGGAGACUGCGAUCCCAAUCAUCUCGGGCAUCGUCAAGUUUUGGCCGUGGGCGUGCUCGUCCAAGCAAGUGCUCUUCCUCAACGAGCUCGAAGAGAUCCUCGAGCUCAUGGGGCCGGACCAGCUCAACCAAGUGCACAAGGACCUCUUCCGCGUGCUCUCCAAGUGCCUCGGCUCGCAGCACUUUCAGGUCUCGGAGCGGGCGCUCUUCCUCUGGAACAACGAGCACCUCGUCAACAACGGGUGUCUCAGUCGCCAGCACGCAAGCUUGAUCCUCCCCGUUAUAUAUGGACCCCUCUACAAGAACUCGCUCGGCCACUGGAACACGACGGUCGAGGGCCUCGCCCAGAAUGUGCUCAAAUUGUACUUGGACUACGACGCGCCGCUCUUCGACAAGUGCGCCAAGGACUAUUUAGAAAAGACCGAGCACGCGGGCGACGCCGUGUCGGCCCAAGCCGACAAGUGGAAGAAGAUAGAGCUCAUGGCCGAGGCGAAGCGCGCGUAG